GUCGUCCGUCCAUCAAGAAAAGGGCAGGGACCUCCAGAGGCUCUGCUAGGGGAAAUCAUCUUGCGAGGAUACUACCUGUGCUCAAGGUAAGACAUCGCAGAGGCAUUGCCAACCCGCCGAAUGUACAGUUCCGCCCCGAUCUCGGUCACCAAGACAAACGAGAUACCUAACUUCGAGGCGACACAGCAUGAACAAGCAAAAGUCUUGUCGCAGGAGUGUGCCAUCCACCCUUUGAACAAAGAGGUACAGAGCCAGAUGGAGCAAUCGUUGAAACGUUCUGUAACGCUCAUUAUCUGGUACAAGGCUCAUUGUGACCCUAUCCGUUUGAACCAUGAUGUUUCUACUUUUCCCUUGUUUCAACUCUCCCACUACCCUUCUCUUGUAUCGGACUUGGAACUCUCGCCCCAUUCAUAUAUCGAUACGUUCAACAGUCAGACCUCCCAUUGGGAGCAACAUUUGAUGACGACCGUACGAGUUAUAGACAGAGACCAGAGGCUCCUCUACAAGAUCAGGAAGAGCUUGAUGAACGGAUUUGCAGAAGACGAAUGUCCAGGCUUAAAGGACGAAGUAGCCAUGCAAUCAAGAUCCACCCAGGGAUCCCCCCUGGGAACAUCAUCAGCUUCGAGCCCUUCGAAUCCCCUCAAAAGGCCUGCAGAGGAUAUACCAGAGACAGCUCCUCCCCACAAGAUGUGCAUCACCGAAGGUUAUCUCACCCAACCUUCUUAUCUUGCCAAUAUGAAUCAUAUCAGCAUGCUUCCAAACUCAGGGUAUCCUCAAGACUUGUCUCAACCUGUUGCUUCUUCAAGCUCGAGCCGCUCGCCGAAGGUUGAGUCGCCGGCUAAUUCCACAGCUUAUUACCAUAACUCGUUGAUUUCACCAGGGAAGGGGCUGCCGCCUGGUGAACCGGGUUCCCUCCCCGCUCAUUUCUCACUUUCAGCCAAUAACUCGACCUCUAUCCCAUAUCACCCACAUCCACCCCUGAAGCGUUGGCCAAACGACUAUUCUGUGUCUGAGGUUGCUGUUGGCUUCCGCCAGAUGGAUAGUCUGAUUUCACAGACGCCCACAGUCACUCAGAAGGCUGCUUUCGAGCGCGUUUUUGGCUGUAGGUACGUCAAGUCAACGGUGUGUCGCCAUCGGGGUGUGUGGAGACGCGCGGAUAUCCCUAUAAAAAACCUGUACGAGGCUAUGGGAACAGACGAAAGGGCCGUUUGGGGUGAAUUUGUGAGAAGAGUAGAAGGAAGGCCUCCUGGCAAGGCGGGUCAUUUGGAGGAAGCGAUGGGACAUCCCAUGAAUCCAAGAACAAUGCAGUCAGCGACUUCAACUUCUGCCAAUAACGAUCAACGCUCACCACGGCAGAGAGAAUCGGGAGAGGAGCAGUUAGUUGGGUGUUUGGGUCGUCCCCCUGACGUGGAUGUCCACCCGAAUAUACAGUCCAAAGGCGAAUCUAAUGGCAUGCCGCCUAAUCACGGCGUCGUCGAUGCAGUAUGCAUCCCCGUGUACGAUCCCAGUCCGGCCGGGGCUGAUCCUGAUCCUAGUCCUCAAGUGUCCAGAUGAUAUACAGAUCUGUUACUCUAGAAUUCAAUAUUAAUACAUCUUACACAUUUAUCGUAUUAUCUGUCAUGAUAACGUCUACCAAAGACCAUGGCUUACUACUACAGCUCUUACUACUUUGCUUACUACGAAGUUAACGUAUUCAUGCUGUGAUUUUAA